AUGUCCGACCAACGGCUCACCUCUGGAGGCGGGAAGGAGAAGUACAUCCCGAAGAGAAUACGCUCUCAGAACAACAUAGUUCCUACUCAGAAUAACGCAAUCCCUUUGUACGACCGACCGGAAGCAAAACCAUAUUUGAUGACCGUCGAGAGCAUGCUUGAGAAGUCAACUGGCACUCUACAAGAUUCGACCUGGGCUCCCCAUAACCAAGCCGCCAGACAAGCUUUUCAACAGCACUCUGCUAAGGCUCGAGCUAGACCAGCCUCUCAACAGCACUCUGUCCUGCUCAACCUCGACAACCUUCUCGACUGCACUCUGCUACUGCCCAGAAGAUGUCACCAGCCGCUCAGAUCGAGACUUCAAAUCCGGCGCCUUGCGGACAUAGCGCUUGGAACACCGAGGCUCCAAAGCCAACUACUAUGGGACAAGUCAAAUCAAGCUGGGAAAGCCAAUCUUCUCGGCCCGGCAAGUCACCUUCGCAUCAAAAUCACUCUCAUAUCUGCUAAUGCUCAAGUAGCUAAUCCAUCUGGUGAGCCCGUUGCAUCAAGCUGGGCAGUUCAACAACCUCAAACCGCAAAUCCAAAGCCCGAGGGAAUGACUUCAAUGGCUGUUAAGGCUGGUCAGCCACCCUCAACAGUUGAGCGAAACCAAUUCCGCAUUGCGGCCCAGAAAUCUUAUGUCCCAUCGCAUCUUCGAGGAAUUGAGCCCGAACAGGAGUGGGAGGUUCCGCCAAGCACUCAAGCACCGGUUGCUGCCCCCGUUGCUGCCCCAAAGCCAGCAUCUAUUCAGAAGACUCCUGCCACCCAGGAUACUGAUGGCGAGGCAUGGGCCCGAAAGAUGGGUCUUCUACCCAAGGAGCCGGUCACUCCAGCUAAGGCUGCGACAGAUGGCGAUGAGUUGGCUCAAAGGAUGGAUCGUUUGCCUGAGACGACUACUCCAGCUACGGCUAAUACCGAAAAUGAAGAAUGGGCUCGAAAGAUGGGUCUGCUUCCCAAGUCAGCUCCCGCAAAGCAAGUCCCAAACGCCCACCAAAAUUCUACCAGCAAGGUUUCCCAGCUGAAUCAAUCCUCUGGCCAUGGUCCGAAGCCAGUCUCGAACUUCGGCGCUGUCACUCAGAACAAGUCGAGCAAAGUCGCUCAGAAUGCGCCCUUCAAUAAUGCACGAUUCCAUCUGAAGCAAGAUAGCACUGAACACUUCCAGAAAUUUGUGCAGUCCUCAACUGUCACCAAUGGAAAGAAAUACACCUUCAAUGGACCGGCACCAGCAACAGCAACUGAGCAGCAACAGAAUGCACCUGUUGGCAAGGGGACCACUCAGCCAUCUGGCAGCCUGGCUUCUGUUCCUCAGCAGCAACGGGGUACCCCACCUCAGUCUGCAAACUACAGUCAACAACAGCAACGCGGUCCUCCCCCUCAACAGCAGCGCGCUCCUCCUCAAGCCGCUUGCCCAACUCAACAACCGGUUCACAGCAACAAUGAGAACAGUGCCCCUUUUGCUAAGCAGGAUCCCAAUAUGAUGUUCAGUCCUAGCCAGAUAGCAACAGCCAUUCCGAGUAUUGAUAAAGCGACUGUCAAUCAAACCACAACUGAUUCUCUUCGUGUCAUGAAAGGCCCUUGGCCUACAAUUCCAUCCACUGAUGUCAAGUCCUUCAACGAGAAAGUUGCUCACGAGCUGAACGCAACCAAACAAGUUCCCGCCAACAUUGCGCCGUUGACACAGGAUGCCUUGGUCACAACAACAGGGUUCUUGCCUCGCGACCACAGUCUCAAAUUUGAGGACCAGGUCAGCGAUGAUGGGGUCGUCGAGGAAAACAGAAAGGAAGGUAUUCGGGCUACCCAAGGAAUGGAUGCUGCGACUCAAUUGCUGGACUGGGACAAGAAACGCUGGGCUCCUCCGCCUUGUGACUGGGAGAAUGACCGAACCCGGUUCAACGAUAGCUUCAUUCCCGAUUACAUUAAGGAAUGGCGUGGCGAUAUCCCGUGUGGACCCUCUAUUCAGGUGGAUACUACUCUUGAUGAAUUUAAAGGUGGUAAGUGUCCCAUCAAUAAUGAUGUCCUUAUCGACCCCAUCGAACAACCUGAGUCUAGUCCGGAUAUCGGAAACGGUGAGAACGAAAUGAAGAGACUUCAUCAGACAUCACUUGUUGAUGCCAACAACUUCCGCGCCCGCGAGGGAAAAAAGCAAAGAAAGUCCCAAAGCAUCAGGGCAGCCGCCGAUAAUCGUCACCUCGAAAUUGCAAUGGCAGUUGAUGAACCGAAUCCAUUCUCUCCGAAGAUCGAUAUGUACGUCCGUCCAGCUCAACAGAAGGAUGCCCAGGACAUCGUGAAGAUCUACAAUCACUACGUGAUUAAUUCUAUCAUCCCUGAGGACCAAGAACCGAUUUCGCUCCUAGAUGCACAGGAACUUAUUGAGACUGCCAAGAGAGAGAAGCUCCCAUUCGUGGUCGCCGUCAAGGGCCGAGUUCCACCGACACAUGAUGCGCAAGGACGAACUCGUUCAGCCAAAAUUAUCCUGCCACAAGUCGAGUCAGUCCUCGGGUUCGCUUUUGCAGAGCGCUUCAACUAUGCCUUCAGCGGCUCUAACCGAGGUCGAUCCCGUGGUACUGUCACCAUUCAGCUCUAUGUUGAUCCUACAAACACACGCAAGGGCGUGGGCCGCAACACACUCGAUCAGCUCCUGCACUGUAUGGCCACUGCCUAUUCCUUCAAGAACGCUUGCCCUUGGAUUAAUCCCGACAAUGACCCAGUUCAUGAGGCCAACGGUUGCGGUUUGAUUCACCAAAUGAUCAUGAUGGUUCCUGUUCUGAAGAAGGAUGAUCCGACCUUCCCUUGGCUGAGCAAUUUCCUUUACAACAAGUUCUGGUUCAAGGAGGAGAAUCGCAUGAAAUCGGUUGCUCGGAGUUCCAUUCUCCAUGGCACUGGGCGAAUGUUGGACAUUGCUGUUCUUCAAUGCGAGCUUCUUCACGAGGGCGAGUUUGAUGCUUUUUUUUAA